AUGGCAGGUAAAGAAAACUCCCAAAAUGGUCUCAUAAUUUUCAACGUAUGCAAAAAAGAGCUCGGUCUCCCUGACUCAUCUUAUAGAAAACUUUCAACUUACUUCCGCCAGAAAUAUCGAGUCGCCGUAAAUCAAUCAGAAAUCUCAUUAGAAACGCUCGCUGAAGCAACCUUAGUUAUUCUGGCGGGACCUCGAGAGAUGUUCAGCAAACAAGAAGUAGACGCAAUGAAAACCUAUACUCAAGGCGGCGGCAAUAUCCUUAUUCUUUACAAUGAAGGAGGAGAAGCCAAGCUUGGAACCAACUUAAACUAUUUAUUGGAGGAUUAUGGAAUUUCAGUAAAUAAUGACUCAGUAAUAAGAACAGUUUACAAUAGAAAAUAUUUCCACCCUAAAGAAAACUGUAUAUCCAAUGGUAUCAUCAACCGAGAAAUUUCAAAUUUCGCCAAAGGAAAACAAAAGGCUAAAGCAGGCAGCCUAAUUGCACAAAAUUUUGUUGCCCACAUGCUGAAGAAUGAAGGUGUAGAGUUAACUGAUGACCAUGGCGGUUUGACAUUUUUGUACCCUAAUGGAGCUUCUUUGAAUGUCCAGAAGCCUGCAAUACCUAUUUUAUCAAGCGGCCCGAUUUCAUACCCACUGAACAGACCGAUAGCAGCUGCUUAUACUUCAAAGACAAGAAAAGGAAGACUAAUGGUAGUAGGCUCAUACCUUAUGUUCUCUGACAAUUAUCUUGAAAAAGAAGAAAAUUUCAAGCUGAUGGAAAUCCUAACUAGAUGACUUUUAGGAGGAGAUAUUGAUAUAGACUUAGGCCUUGAAGAAGAUAAUGAUCUGCAAGAUUACGCUGUAAUCCCUGAUAUUGCAUCACUAUCAGACUCGCUCAAAUCUUGUUUGCAGACGAGUGAAAACAUAUCAGCCAAUUUCAGGCAGCUUUUUGACGAGUCUCUUUUCAAAUUUGACACCGAUAUGAUUCCAGAAGCUGUUAAACUGUAUGAAACUACAGGAGUUAAGCAUGAACAGAUCUCAUUAAUUCCUCCACAGUUUGAAGCUCCAUUGCCAGGCUUAAUGCCAGCUUUGUUCCCUCCAAACUUAAAAGAGCCGAACCCGCCUGCGCUUGAUAUGUUUGAUCUUGACGAAGAAUUCGCGAGUGAAGUUGUGAAGCUGGCUCAGCUGACUAAUAAGUACUCUGAUACAGAUAUUGAAUAUUAUAUCAGAGAAUGUGGAGACCUCCUUGGAAUUACUCAACAAAUUGAAAGACUUAAAUUCGGAUAUGGAGGCGAAAAUGAUGCCAAAGCAGUGCUGCAUAGAAUUCUGGUUGAAGUUGUUCAGUAUAAAAAGCAUACUCAAUAA